AGAUGCUCAUAAUCUGUAGAAACAAAGUAAUUUUAAGUUUUUAAUUGUAUAAAGAAGUCAAUAAACCACUUAAGAAACCUCAAAUCGAUUGAAAUACCACAAUAAUUGAAUUCAACCUCUGGAAAGAGCUGGUUUUGUAUUUCUCGGCCCCACCAUAGAAACCCCACCAUCGACCCUGUUUCCGUGACUCAAAUAAUCUCCAGCUGUAUAAACCCCAGAUUCUGCCGCCAGUUGCCUUUCAGCCAGCAAAAACAGAAAAAAACAAAAAGGUCCACCACUUCAACCAUAACACACACAAUGGCAACGACCCGUUCGAGAGAAGACGUCCACUACUUUGGCGCUGGCCCUGCGCCGCUGCCCAGCGUCGUCCUCACCGAAGCCGCCGAAGCUCUAGUCAACUACAAGGGCAAAGGACUGGGUCUGGCCGAGAUUUCCCACCGCUCUGGUGACGCCAACGAUGUGCUCCGCGAGACAAAGGAGAACCUGACCACCUUGCUGAAUAUCCCAGAUAACUAUGAGAUCCUGUUCAUGCAGAGCGGCGGCACAGGCGAGUUCAGCGCUGUCGUACAAAAUCUCGUCAGCGCGUGGGUCGAGAAGAGACGCAAGGCCACGGACGAGCAGAUCCGAAAGGAACACCCGGGGCUGUCGGACAAAGAGGUGGAGUCCAAAGUCAUCGCAUCCCUCAAAGAGCAAAAAGAAAAGGAGCUUAAGCUCGACUACCUCGUUACGGGCUCCUGGUCGCUCAAAGCCUCACAAGAAGCUGCGCGGCUCAUAGGCGACAAGUACGUCAACGUCGCGCUGGACGCGAGAGCUCACAACGACAAGAAAUUCGGCAAGAUUCCCGCGGAAGAUACUUGGAAAUUGACACCCACCGGCAAGGGCAAGCCCGGCCCGGCAUUUGUCUACUUUUGCGACAACGAGACUGUGGAUGGAGUCGAGUUCCCGAGCUUCCCCAAGAGCUUGGAAUCGCAGACCGGCGACGAGGCAGACGGCCCCGUUGUUGUUGCCGACAUGAGCUCCAACUUUUUGAGCCGGAGAGUAGACGUUGCGAAAUACGGUGUCAUCUUUGCCGGCGCACAAAAGAACGUCGGCGUGGCAGGCAUCACCAUCGCCAUUGUCCGCAAAUCUCUCCUCGCCCCCGCCGUCGCCUCUCCGCCGCCUCACAUUCUACGUGAAUUGGGCCUCGCUCCUGUGCCCAUUGUCCUCGACUACUCCACUGCCGCCAAGAACAACUCGCUGUACAACACGCUGCCGAUUUUCAACCUGUGGAUCGCCGGACGGGUCAUGAAGAAGCUGGUCGACGACUACAAGGGUAAGGGUCUCGCCGGCCAAGAGGAAAUCUCGCACCGCAAGGCCGAAGCCAUCUAUGGCGCCCUGGACAAGUAUCCCAACGUCUACCGCGUGGUGCCGGACAAGUCUGUCCGCAGCCGCAUGAACAUUUGCUUCCGCGUCAACGGCGGAGAUGCGGAGCGCGAAAAGGAGUUUCUUGCCGGCGCCGAGGCGAGGUUAUUACAGGGUCUCAAGGGCCAUCGAAGCGUCGGUGGCAUGAGAGCCAGUAGCUACAACGCCGUAUCCGAAGACGCCGUGCACAAACUCGUCGCCUACCUCGAGCACUUUGCCCAGGCCGGCCAGGCAUAAUAUAUCACGAGAGUCCAACAAAUAUAUCACGACAGUCCAAGUCAGCAGAAGAAUCAGGCACUGGGUGUCGGAACCGUUGUUUUUCUGUUAUGACGUGUAGAUGUCGAUUAUGUCGAUUAUUACUCCUACGGAACAGAAACGGAAAUGGAAACGAAAACUUGCCCCUCCCCAAGAAAAGAAAAACACAAAAGGAAAAGAAAAAGAAAGAGAAAAAGGGAAAGAAAAAAGGAUAAAGGGCGGGAAAAGUCUAGGUUUAAAUCGCUUCAACAACAUAUUUCGGAGGAGAGAUGCACAGGCUAGGAAAAGGCGUUAUAACUAGUACUCUGGGACCCCGAGAAGGACAGAAGGGUAGAAAGGUAGAGCGGCAUAAGGUGAUGUGCAGGACCUACAGUCAGACUUUGUCAGAAAUAAGUUACUGAGUAAACGUUUCUAAUGAAAAAUGAAAAUGACGAAUC